AUGCAAAAGUAUCAGGGGAAGUUUUGUUUCUUGAUCAAUGAUCACGAGUCAUUUCCUAUGCUGAAGAAAACGAAGAAGGUGCAGCAAACACCACAGUUUUCAACCUCAUCAGAAAGUCAUGGUAUCCCUAUUUUGUUCGAAAAUAUUUUCCUUACAAACACUAAUAUUUCCCAUUUCACCUUUUUCCCCACACCUGUCAAACUCUUCACGCUUCCUCUGCUCGUUGCUUCUCUUCUCGCGUCGCGUGAUUCUUCAUCUGGUAUGGAUAAUGAUGCAGGUCAAGUUCUGUAUCCUUUGCACUGCUGCAAGUCUGUUCACCUGGUUAGGCAUGCCCAGGGAGUUCAUAAUGUUGCAGCAGAGAAGAACCAUGAUGAAUACAUGUCGUACAAUUAUUUUGAUGCACACCUAACCCCUCUCGGAUGGAAACAGGUUGAUAAUCUGCGAAAACAUGUGAAGGCAUCUGGACUUUCGAAAAAUAUUGAACUUGUUGUGGUUUCUCCACUGUUACGGACCAUGCAAACAGCAGUUGGAGUCUUUGGUGGUGAAGUAUACACCGAUGGGAUUAGUGAACCACCUCUUAUGACAGAAAAUGUCGGACACAGUGAUCAUCCUGCAGUUUCUAGUCUGAACUGCCCUCCAUUUAUAGCAGUGGAGCUUUGCCGAGAGCACAUAGGAGUUCAUCCUUGUGAUAAGAGAAGAACCGUUAGCGAAUACCGGAACAUGUUUCCAGCAAUUGAUUUUUCACUUAUUGAAAGUGAGGAAGACAUUUUGUGGAAAUCUGACGUCAGAGAGAAGAUAGAAGAAGUUUCUGCUAGGGGCCUGAAGUUUUUGGAAUGGUUGUCGACACGUAAAGAGAAGGAGAUAGCAGUUGUUACCCACAGCAGUUUUCUGUUUAAUACCCUUCGUGCUUUUGGAAAAGAUUGUCACACAGAUAUAAAGAGUGAAAUAUGCAAACCUUUUACUAAUUGUGAGCUGCGUUCAGUGGUCAUCAUUGAUAGAGGUAUGAUUGGAUCAAGUGAAUCAACUACCAACUAUCCUGGCAAGAUUCCUCGUGGUCCUGAUGUUCCCAGUGAAGCUGCAGAUUAA